GCCUGUGACCGGUCUCCCAUUGAAAUUUACGCGACAACGACGGUGGCGACUCGACUUCAGUGCGUUUUCAAUGACGCAAGUAGUCGCGGCCACCGCUCGCCGUUGUGGAUGACCCAGAAUUCGGCCCAAGGAGAAGCGCACUUUGCGGUACCGGACUCCGCGGCGGUUCUCUAAAAGUUACCGUCGAUCGCCCAGCGGUGGUGCUUACGCAACUGCGACUGUGCGCGGCCCAGCCCCAUCGUGCCAAGCUUGGUCGCGUUGGAUAUUUCUACGGAAACAGCAGCGGAUUUCAAACAACACGCCUGUGCACAGCAGCAGCGGAUCAGCGCUCUCCGCCGAUCAGGUCGCUGCAGUCGGGUACGGCACUGGGGCUGCAUGUAGCACGGACCCCCCAACGACCGUGCAUCUUUCUUGGAGCGCGCGCCGAGAGCGCGGCAGUAGCGCCGAGGAUCACCGCGCGCCACCGAUCCGGAUGCAUCAGGCGGCCGCCGUCGCGCCGUCCCUAACCCUGACAGGGACAAUGUCUCCGUGAGGUCGACGACAGAGGCUCUCCCGAGGACCUUCCCGCGCCCCUCCCUUCCCCGCGGGUCAUCCUCCCGCCUGCCUCCACACCGCCGUGUGCGGCGCGGUCGUCGCACGCCGUUGGGAGUUGGCGACGCCAUGGCCCUCAACAUCGGCAUCCUCCCCCACCUGCUGGGCGCCGCGGCCAACAACCUGAACAACAAUCUGAACAACAACAACAACAAUAACAACGGCCUCUCGCGCAACGCCGGCGGCGGUAGCAGCAACAACAACAGCGGCGGCGGCGGAAACCCGAUGAACAGUGUCCGGGACAGACUGUUCCACGCUCUAUUCGUGCGCGUGGCGCUGGCGUAUGCGAGCGCAGUGCCCCCUUCUGUGCGGACUUUGUUCGAGUACAUCACCCUGCUUAAGGCUCUUCUAUCAUUUUUCAUCCUGGCAUACAUCCACGCCGCCUUCAUCCGGACACCAAUCAACUGCCUAGAGCAUGUUUGCCAUCAGUGGCCGCAGGACGGCAUCUUAAGGAUCGAAAUUAUUCACGACUCGGCGUCAUCUUCAGAGCCGUACACCGUGGAGCAGUCCUACCUCAAAGAGCAGCGGCUACAGCGACUGGGGCAGUUGCCUGCGCAGCCCCAAGUGCGAACGUCGAGCAGCGGUGCGGAGAAAGUAAUUUCGACCCCGCCGCUCGCCGAUGUCUCGAACUCUACGUCGAGUGACGUGCAGGGCGAUCAGGUGGCUGAAAGGUCGGCGAGCCGUGGUUCAAGUGGCCAAGACACAGGGGAUGACUCUAAUGAUGUGCCAGAGAUGGACGAAACCUUGCCACUGCUGGGUAGUGGCCGCCACCUGAAAGGCGUGAAAGGUGGGGGUUCGCAGUUUGUCUACCACGAUGUGGUGUCAAACGGAAGCCAGGACACGCCGCUGAAUGUAGAUGGAAAUGGAUACCCUCAGCCACUCCAGGAGCCCGUGUCUGAGCUUGAAAUGCUAGCCAGAGCUGUGUGGCCUCAGGAUGAGUACAUAGUUGAGUACUCCCUGGAGUACGGACUCCUCAGGCUCAGCCCAGCAACACGUCAGAAGCUGAACAUCUCCGUCAAGAUUGUCACGCUUGAUCCAGCCAAGGAUGGCUGUUUCGGCGACUGGUUCAGCCGGUUUCUCCUGGACGGUUUUCUAGGCUACGAUGACGUUCUCAUGGCGAGUCUGAAGAACCUUGCCGAGCGAGAGGAAAACAAAGGCUAUGUAAGAAACGUGGUCACGGGUGAGCACUACCGAUUCAUCAGCAUGUGGACCAGCCGGACAUCUUACAUUGCAGCUGCUUUCAUCAUGCUUGUUUUUACACUGUCAAUCUCGAUGCUGCUCCGGUACUCCCACCACCAGAUAUUUGUCUUCAUUGUUGAGCUACUGCACAUGCUGGAGUUCAACUCGACGAUCAACUUUCCGGCCGGGCCUCUGCUGACGGUCAUCCUGGCGUUGGUCGGCAUGGAGACUAUCAUGUCCGAGUUCUUCAACGACACGACGACCGCCUUCUACAUCAUCCUGAUCGUGUGGGUCGCCGACCAGUACGACGCCAUCUGCUGCCACACCGCCAUUACCAAGAGGCACUGGCUCAGGUUCUUCUACCUGUACCACUUUGCGUUCUACGCGUACGACUACCGCUUCAACGGACAGUACAGUGGAUUGGCCCUGCUGACCUCCUGGUUCUUCAUACAGCACUCGAUGAUCUACUUCUUCCACCACUACGAGCUGCCCUCAAUCCUCCAGCGCUCUGGCGGCCUGGAACAAGGUGAGCCGGCCCGCACCGGCGCCACGAACGGGGCGGCCGGCACCGAGUCGUCGGCCGCCGCGGGAGCCAGUGGUGGCCCGGUCAGCGGUGGCGGCGGCACGCAAAGCUCGGCGACCGCAUCGCAGCAGCAGAACCAACGCUCCAACGGCGUGAGCGGGCCAUUCCACUCGACGACCGUCCGCUUGAACGGCCACGGCGCCAUCGCCAUCCAGCAGUCGGGCGACGCUCCGCGCGUCGCCUUCAUCCGAACCGUGUACAUCGGCAACCUGCUGAACGCGGCCACGCUGGGCGCCGCGGCUACUGCUUCACAGUCGCCGAACCAACAGCAGCAGCAGGAGCAGCAGACCCAGUCCCCGCAGCAGUCCCAGUCUCAGCAACAGCAAACACAGCAGUCGCCGAACGACGGCUCGAGGAAUGGCGUCGAGGAGGCUAACACGAGGAACGGCGAAGGGGACGUCGCGCUCAUUCCGAGCGGUCGCACCGACGGCGGUGCGGAGGUGAUCCAGACGUCCGACGACACGUCGGAAAACUCGACCAAGCUGGCGAACGUCGGCGACAGAGUGGCGAAGGAGCGCAAGGAGUCGACGUCUUCGUCCUGCGAAGACCUCAAGGGCGAAGGGGACGCGGUGUCUCAGAACGACGGGACGACCGGGCCCGAACCGGAGCCACAACUUGCUGUUUCUGAUGGUCAAAAUAGUGCGCCCAGCUCGGAAGACCCGCCGGCGUAGUGCCAGGUGGUAGCGGUCAUUUUUUUUCCUGUCUUCUUUUUUUUUUUUUUUCAAAGUGUUUUGUCGUGUGUGGAGUGGACCACUGAAAUAUCGCCAGCCCUGUGGGCUUAUGUGACGCACCGGGUCAAGUUAGUCUAGAGUGAGUCAUCAUGUUAGGCCUACUUGCAAAGUCCAUGUCGAUGUGCUCUGGCGAAAUGAAAUUUUGUCACCAGCAGCUGCAGCUUUGUGUUCUGUCUUCGUUUGGUUUACCUAGCUCUUGGCACACGGACUCUGUUAAACGAGAAACUUCUGCUGGCAACUCUGAGCAAUUGUGACGACACCGAUAAGAGCAAGUGCAAACUGUGGUGAUACUGAACAGCGACAUGUCGAUGCUUUGCGUUGUCUCUGUCCUCGCAAUGGGGCACAUUGCUGACCGCUUCGGCUGCCAAACUGUGAAUCCCUGUCGCGGCACUAAUGUUGAGCACUUCAGAGACCAGUGCUGCUGUUUUGUAUGGCCAGGGUGCGUGACACCGCUUACCCAGUCAUAGGCCGUACGCUGUUGUACAAAGUUGAAGAAAUGCCGACGCUAUAGUCGGGGCUGUGACCGAUGUAGUAGAGUGCAGAAACUGAUGACGGUCCUAGGCCUGAAGUUUGAGGUCUCGGUUGGGAUCCAGCGCUAUAGGUAUGUCUAUCGUGGUGUAUAAAAGUGGUGGUAUUGCUCUACGUCACUUCAUUUUUUUGUUUUCCAAGGACUGCAAUGCACAUUUAGGAAUCGAGACUGCACGAAAAUGGGUGCUGCCAUAAUGGCGUGCCUUUUUUUUCAUUUUUUUUUCUCGUGGUGAUGCAGCCGCAGCAAGUGUAAAAAAAAAUUGCUUGAGUGUAGAUGUUUUCUUUCUGAUCUUUCCCUUUCAUAUUGCUUUAAUAUUCUGGUCGAGCGAACGUUUCUGUUACUGUAAAAAUAGCUUCCAAUGACACACCUUCAGUGCCAUUUAAUUGCUGUAAAAGCUGCUUAAAUAACUUAUUGUCCACAAAUUCUAUGCCAUGUUCUGAUUGCAAGGCACUGCUAGUAAGCAGUGACUUAGUGCUUCAUGAGAGUUUUUAGUAAUCUACUUAGGGUUUCAGAAGCGAUAAAUAUGAGAAGAAAAAAAAAGGGCAGUGAGGUUCCAGCGAUUGUGUCGCUGUGAAUGCUUACGUUGAAAGUUUUUUUUUUUUUCUUUCGAAAGUUUGCCCGACGGUAUAAACAAAUAAAUGCACGAAUGUAGGCCGGUUUGGCGAUGUACAUCAGUAGUGCUUGACGAUUGGUCCAAUAAAGCGAAGAAUCAUGGUCCGGUGGUCUCGACAGAUGAAGGUCCACUGUUUGCAGUUAGCACCGUCGGACCUGGUUUAGGUCAGGGCAUGUCCACAGUAAGUGUUUGAUUCACAUGCAAAGUUCUUUCCUCAUGCGUGGUCGUAUGAAAUUGGAUCUUAUGUGGCAUUGGAUUAGUUGUUUUCUUGUGGCUUUGCCUCGUGUGUAUUUAUGAUCGCUGUGAAUUGACACACCUGUCACCUUGCUGCUCCACUUGCAAGCGUUCAGUCAAAAACGCGCAUUCUUGUUUUUUUUUUCCUGGGCGGCGUGGCUUUAGUCCCCUUCGCUGUUCUCGCCUCCGAGUUUGUUUCGAAAAUAAAAAAAGAAGCUACUACAACUUAA